AUCACCAAUGAGGAGUCGGAGGAUGAGCCACUGUCCAGAGAGCAGCAAGUGGAUACCCGGCUCAGCGAGCGGGAUGCAGCAGGAGGGAACGGUGAAGUAACUGAGGAGACUGAAGGCGACGGGCAGAGAGAUGGGGAGGAGGCAGAGCAGCUGGACCAAACGCCUGUGUUGAGUAACAAACCAAGAAAGAAAAAAAAGAAGAGGAAAACCAAGAAAACGUUGGCAGGGGAGGCUCUGGAAGACAACGACCUGGAGGACAUUGACAGCCUGCUGGAGAAGAUCGAGGAUACCAAUGGACUAUCACAGCAGACCCAGAGCGGGAUAAUUGCUGACAGCAGGCCUCUGCUCUACGUAGAGCACAGAAACCUGAAUCCAGAGAACGAGUUGAAGAGAUACUUCGGUGCUCGUGCUGUCCUUGGCGAUCAGAGGCCACGGCAAAGGCAGCGCCAGUACCUCUGCAGCACGUGGCUGACGGCGCCCAAGGAUACCUGGCCGCGCUACAGCAAAACAGGUAUCUCCAUGCAGCUGCUGGACACCAGGAGAGGAGUGCAGUCCUUCACGUUUGAGCACCAUCGUGACUACCAGCAAGUGCAGUUCAAGUUCUUGGAGGCUGUAGAGUCCAUGGACCCCAACAAUAUUGUGCUGCUGCUCGAGGUGUACCCGUACCACGUGGACUGCCUUCUGCAGCUCAGCGACGUGUGCCGGAUGCAGGAGGAUCAGGAGAUGGCCCGUGACCUUGUAGAGCGGGCGCUGUACAGCCUGGAGUGCACCUUCCACCCCAUCUUCAGCCUCACCAGCGGAACGUGCCGGCUGGACUACCGGCGGCUGGAGAACAGGGCUUUCUUCCUGGCUCUCUUCAAACACCUGAUGUUCCUGGAGAAGAGAGGCUGUCCCCGGACAGCUCUGGAGUUCUGCAAGCUGAUUUUGAGCCUUGAUCCGGAGAACGACCCUCUGUGUAUGCUGCUGCUGAUUGAUUUUCUGUCCCUACGAGCCAAAGAAUACACCUUCCUGACACGCAUGUUCCAGGAGUGGGAGAGUCACCGGAAUUUGUCCCAGCUCCCCAAUUUUGCCUUCUCCGUGCCGCUGGCUUAUUUCUUCCUGAGCCAGCAGGAGGAGCGCCCGGAGCUGGAGCUAAGCCAAGCCCGGGAGAGAGCCGCCCGGCUCAUCCAGCUGGCGUUGAUCAUGUUCCCAAGCGUUCUCAUGCCGUUGUUGGAUCACUGCAGCGUGCAGCCCGAUGCCAGGGUCGCGUCCCAUUCCUUUUUUGGGCUGAAUGCUCAGAUAAGCCAGCCUCCCGCCUUGAACCAGCUGACGUCCCUCUACGUGGGAAGGACUCACUCCCUCUGGAAGGACCCAGCCGUCAUGGCGUGGCUGGAGACCAACGUCCACGCGGUGCUGCGCAUGGUGGAUGCCCGGGACCCGCUGGUGGAGGAGUCUGAGCUCAAGAGGAAGAUGCGGUACCAGAGUGCACCCAGGAAUAUCUACCGGCACGUCAUCCUCUCGGAGAUGAAGGAGGCCAUGGCAGCUCUGCCGUUGGAAGUGACUUCACAACCUGUGAUGGGGUUCGACCCUUUGCCUCCACUGGACUCCAUCAUUUCCUACACCAGGCCGGAAAGGUAUCUUCUCCACCCCUGUUUCUGCACCGGCGUGUUCCCG